AACUUCCAGAGUUUCCGUUGGGGUUUCUGCUGCCUAAGACUUGGACUGGGGUAUAAGUGGUUUUAGGAGGAGCCUGUGCAGGAGUUUGUGCAAGGAGAAGGGAGGCAAAAUCCUGAAUCGGAGAAACUCAGGGACUCAGCCAGGGAACUAGGCACAGACCAGUGAAGGACCAGCCCUUCUGGUAAGGGGCUGGUCUGGGUGUCAACGUGAAGAUGAAGCAGAAGGUAGAGGGGCAUGGCCAGGCUGCUGUUAGGGCCCUGGUAUGGAACAUGCAUUACAGUCCAGUGGACUAGUUGAGGGACCAGGCAAGAAGCGACUGCUGCUGAGCAGAGGCCCAGCUGUCCAGCAGCAACUGGCACAUGGGAGUUGGGCCAGCUCAACUGGAAGCCAGAGGAGGAGGGGCUGUCCCCGAUGCCAGCACCUGGAGCAGAGCCCUGAGGUCCGCAAAGGGUCUUGAGGAGCAAAUGGAAGAUGAGCUGUGAGCGCUCUUGGUCAGAGUCCAGAAGUCUGGGUUUUAAGCAACAUGUCGGACGCCUUGGCCAACGCGGUGUGCCAGCGCUGCCAGGCUCGCUUCGCCCCCGCGGAGCGCAUCGUCAACAGCAACGGGGAGCUGUACCACGAGCACUGCUUUGUGUGUGCCCAGUGCUUCCGGCCGUUCCCCGAGGGGCUCUUCUAUGAGUUUGAGGGCCGGAAAUACUGCGAACAUGACUUCCAAAUGCUGUUUGCUCCGUGCUGUGGAUCCUGUGGCGAGUUCAUCAUUGGACGAGUUAUCAAGGCCAUGAACAGCAACUGGCACCCGGGGUGCUUCCGCUGCGAGCUGUGUGAUGUGGAGCUCGCUGACCUGGGCUUUGUGAAGAACGCAGGCAGGCACCUGUGCCGGCCUUGCCACAACCGUGAGAAGGCUAAGGGCCUAGGAAAGUACAUCUGCCAGCGGUGUCACCUGGUCAUUGAUGAGCAGCCCCUCAUGUUCAGGAACGACGCCUACCACCCGGAUCACUUCAGUUGCACCCACUGUGGGAAGGAGCUGACCGCUGAGGCCCGUGAGCUGAAGGGUGAGCUCUACUGCCUACCUUGCCAUGACAAGAUGGGUGUCCCUAUCUGCGGGGCCUGCCGCCGGCCUAUUGAGGGCCGUGUGGUCAAUGCACUGGGCAAGCAGUGGCACGUGGAGCACUUUGUCUGUGCCAAGUGUGAGAAACCAUUCCUGGGGCACCGGCACUACGAGAAGAAGGGGCUGGCCUACUGCGAGACCCACUACAACCAGCUUUUUGGGGACGUCUGCUACAACUGCAGCCAUGUGAUUGAGGGUGAUGUGGUGUCUGCCCUCAACAAGGCCUGGUGUGUGAACUGCUUCUCCUGCUCCACCUGCCACAGCAAGCUCACCCUGAAGAACAAGUUUGUGGAGUUCGACAUGAAGCCUGUGUGUAAGAAGUGCUAUGAGAAGUUCCCACUGGAGCUGAAGAAGCGGUUGAAGAAGCUCUCAGAUCUGACCUCCCGCAAGGCCCAGCCCAAGUCUGUGGAUGUCAAUUCUGCUUAAAGGCUCCCUGCCUCCUAUGCCACAGAACCCCUGGCUCCCCAGGUGCCUGGCUCCCUUCUCCUGGCGCCUCCCACUUCUGUUUUCUACUCUUCCCUCAUUUCCUUCUCAGCCUCUUUCCCUGUCUUUUUCGCCCCUCUCUUACCACUCGUCAUGGUCCCCCUUCCCAUUCCUUUGUCUGUGUGUGCUCCAACAUCUUUCUCCUUUGCCAGUUCUCUCCUUUCUCUUCUGUGUGGAGGCCUGACCCACACCUGACAGCCACUUCCACCUAUGCCCAUGACCUCCAGGGAUAGGAGCAAACUGGAGCCAGGAACACCUGACCCUUGCUUGGACCCUACCUACCCUAAGCUGGCCUCUCCUGCUCUGCAGGGGUCUUCUUGGCACCCACUCUCGUGUGGAGCCUCAGCCUGAGUGGCACGUGGGGCACCCACGACCAUCAUGCCCAGGCAGAUGGAGGCUUCUGGGGCUGGGGAAACCACUCUUCAAUCCCUCAGUCACCCACUCAAUUGCAUAGGGUCCCUGUACUCAUACUGGGCCACCCUCACCCACGAACCAGCUAGAGGGACAUGGCCCCACUCCUGCUAUUACUCCAGGAGGCCUUUCUGAAAUCUUGUCUUGCCCCACUCCUCAAGUUGUGGUUCCUCUCUUCUCAAACUCAGGAUCUGUGUUGAGCCUCUGGGCAUGGCCUGGGGGCCAGGAGGUGGUGGGGUGAGGGGUGGCUCAUUCCCACUUCCAGGGAGGACCCUUCCUCCAUGGCCAGAGUAGACCUGGCUGUGGGGCUCACAUUUGCACAAUGAAGGCUUAUUCACAUGCUCACCAUGGCCUGUGUGGUUUGUGGCAGCAGGGGUGAAGGAAGUGGGGUCUCUGCUCCUAUGGACCCACUGCUGCUGGGGUUACUAAACAGUUGGAAAGACAGACACCAGAUAGGCAAGCAGAAGUCAGGAGGGACCCAGACCUGUCCCAGGCCAGGCAGUCAUCGGGGCUCAGAGACAAGGCUAGCCAGGAAUCCUCAGGCAGUCAGGGUGGCUGUGCCUAUGUACACUGGGCUGUUAGGUAUAGUGGGGUCUCUGAGGUAGGUGGGGGGUGACCCAGGUCUCCAAGGCCUGCAUCCAGCUCUACCAUUGCCUGGGCACAGCCUGGCCUUAGCAUAAUUAGCCACCCAAGAGCAUGCUGGCCCCCCAUGCACCUCCAUCCCAGCCCUCCUGGAAGCAGUGCACACAUCCUUGUGUCUUACCGUGGGGGAAGAAAAAAGUGCAGAGGGGCCUGGAAGGAGGACUCUCCGUGCAUACCCUCUCCCCAGUCUGAAAACAGGAAGGAAGGGCGGGCAGGAGGGAGCAGGAGGGAAGAAAGAAGGAGAAAGGGCACAUGAGGUCAUUCCUGGGGAAUGCAGUUGUCAUCCAGUUUCCUAGAGAAGUCGCAAUGUUCUUUGCUUUUUCUGGAAGAGACGCUGUGGGGGUCAGUACUUCCCAGGCCUGCUGUCCACCU